UAUUGCAUCUGCUGCAGCUCGCGACUGUCAGGACAUUUGGACAGCGACGGACAACAUGACCAAGAAACUACAAAAACUACCUCAGGAGGACGCCAGGAGCAGAAAAAGGAUUCUGAAACCUGUUGUGGAGAAGAAGAGGAGGGAUCGAAUAAAUCAAAGUCUGUCUGAGUUGAGGACUUUGCUGUUGAAUUCUACAUGUGAUCCACGACUGCAGAAUCCAAAAAUAGAGAAAGCAGAAAUUUUGGACCUGACUGUGGAAUAUCUUCAAAAGUGGACAAAAGGGACAAAUGGUUGUCUUCAUCACUCAGAGGCCUGUUCUUCCUCACUCUUCACCAUUGAAGGUGCAGGUUUUCAGCAGUGCAUGGCCCGGCUGAGCAGCUACAUGCAUAAAAUAACCCCAGAGCAGAGAACACACCUAAUGGAGGGUCUGAAACAUCACACUGAGAACCAGCAGCAGAGGCCACACACUUCAUCAUCAGCUGCAGCCUUCGAGUUGACGCUGUCUGAGUUGCCUCCUACAGGGUCUGAGAGGAAAGAAGAGCCUCCCAAGCUGCUGUUUCUGCCUCCAUCUUGCUCCACGCCGCGUCAUGACUACCUGUCCCCGCCCCCUUCCCCCUGGUUCUCCCCUUUGUCUACCUAUGCCACUUCUCCUACUUUCCCGUCCUUUGCCUGCCACUUCUCCUUCCCCCCCACCAGCCUGUCACCUCCAUCUGCACACAACGCCACCUCCUCCACACUCCCACAGCCUUCACACGCCAUCCACACUCCGACGCCUGCCCUGCACCUCCACCCCCCCAGACACCCGACGCAAGGGGAAGUGUCACCUCCUUCUUCAUCCAUUUGGAGACCCUGGUUUUGA